UACACUAUAAAAAGCCAUUGCCCAACUUUCUUUUGGGCCUGGAGUUACAAUGUCGGUUACCGUAUAGAUCCGUUUGGUUAUAUGAAUAACCCCAUCCCAUAAUUAGGAUUACUGCUUCCAGAAAAGGCUCAAAACCCUAUCCCCUCUUCUUCGCAAACCCAAAAACUAAAAAAUAAAGUCACGAAAAUGGAAGAUAGUUUCAGUGUUCGAGUCGAUAAAGCUUUUGGCUCUCUGUCCUCUUCAACAGCAGCGCCAUCUUCCAAUUUAAGCUCUUUAUGGCGUUUAACAGACGAAGAAAUCGAGCGAAACGAAUGGAAGCGAGACAAAGACAGCCCCGAACCCGAAUCCGAAACAUUAACGGAUUCUUUUCCUUUCAAGAGAGGGUUUUUAUCCAGUAAUAGAGAGAAUUCCGGCGUCGAUUUCCGCUGGGAGCUUGAGAAGGACCUGGACGACCUAGACGACGACAACGAGCAGUCAUAUGCCUCGUCAAGCCAGUCUGUGAAACCUAAACCUGAUGAUUAUAAUGAGGAAGAGUGGGAGAUUAAGAACUCCAUUGGCUUGGACUGUACUCUUGAUUACGAGGAAGAGGAAGAUGAAUUCGACAAAGUUGCUGUUGGCAAGGAAAAGCCUGAUGAUCGCGUGUACAUGAAAGGUAUAACUGAUUAUGGAAUAGAUAUAGAUUCUAACAAUGAGCUUCCCGAUACAUUUAAGGAUAUCCCUAGGGAUCCACGUGCAAAUCACAUUGCUGCAAAACUUAGACUCAAAGAAGAUGCAGAGGCUGCUAAAAAGAUGGAUUCUUUGAGGGUUUCUGAACAAGAUUCACCACCUGGCAUUGAUGACCACAUUAAGGUGUCGUCGUUUGAUGAUGGUAAUCUAAAAUCCAUUCUUAAAAGGAAGGACAACGAGUCUGUUUCCAAGUCAAUAAAUAACGAGUUAGAUUCAAAGUCACAAAAACGUGUUCGAUUUGACCCAGAAUGUAAAGAUGGCGAUGAUAAAGAUUCUGAUGAAGUCAAAAAUAUAUGCAUGGAAACGGAUUCAGUAGAUGAGUGUCUUGUAUAUCAUCUGCCUCCAGAUUAUCCUUCUGGAAUCCCAGAUUAUAUGCGAAACCCUUCAAAAUAUACACGCUACACUUUUGAUUCAUCAAGUGAUGUAGAUGAGCAAUCUAACCGGCAAGCCUUUUGGGACUUUCUAAAGAUGCUGAAGAAGUCUAAUUCUGUGGAAUCACAGCCAGAUGAUGUUUCUGAUGAUCGUCCAAAAUCAUUAACCUUCAUACCAAAGAGGAAAUCAAGUGAGGCUGAAAUGGUCACUGAUCCGAUGGAGUCAAAGCAAAAUCAGGACGAUAUCAAUAAAGAGCCUCUGCUUAGGAAGAGUUUGCCCAUUAGCAUUGCAGCUGGUACUACAGAAGAUAGUGAACCUAGUGUCAUGGAGGAAGAAGAAUCUGAAACAGCUGCUAGUAGGAAAAUUGGUUCACAGAGACUGGGCCGCAAGUAUCGGACAAAGAACAGUUUAGAAAUAAUGGAUGAGUCUGUUUAAGAGGGCUGCCAUCUUCAGUGAGCUGAGCUACUAUAUCCUGACUGCUACUUUAUUGAACCCAUCUGACUGUGUAAUUACUAAUUUAUGCAUUUGUAUUUCAUAGGUAUCUGUUGAUUUUAGUUCUCGCUUGACUUUCUUUAGGUGGGAGCUUGGUUGGCUUCAUCUUCUCAGAAAUGAUAUACUGAUGCGAUAUACAUUUCUUGCCAUUACAAAGUUUGUUGUAAACUUGUAGUGGGAUUUACAUUGACAAAAUAAACGAGGCAUUCGCAGUUUGUCGGAAGCGAUCAUUUCAAGGUUGGGGAUGAGUUAUUUAUUUUAAUUUCAGGCCUAAGUUAUGUGCCAAAUGAAUAUAGAAAUCAAGAACAUUUUUUUUAUUCA